ACAGGCGAAACGUUGCUCGUUGAAAGCAGUGUGACGGAUAGACAGUGGAAAAGACGUAACCCUUGUUCCUGAAGUUGUGCUGUUUGUUGUCCCCCAACGUGAAAAAAUUGUCGGUGACCGUUGUAGAAGCAGUUGAGUUUAUUCCAAGAAUUUGCCUCAGAUGGGAUAAGCAGUUUCUGAUUUAUCUAAGUAAAAGAAAAGCAUAAAAGUGUAAAAAAGGUUGAUUUCUAUUUAAUGAAUUUUUGCAAACGUGUGUGUAUAAGACGUGAGUGGCAAAAACCAAAAAACGAGGAAAAGUAAUAGAAGAAUCGUACUAAUCAAUCAUCAAGAAAGGUGUUUAAAGUUGAAAUAGAGGCCACAUACAGGAAUAAUAAACCAAGAACAAUUAAAAUCCCAAAUCCGUAUUGCAGCAGAAUUGAAAAGACAGCAAAAUAGAAGUGUGCGAAAAAUACACACAGAUUUUCAAGUAGCAGUCGCAGUAGCAAUAUUUCGUUUGAAGACACAAAAAUUUCUAUUAAAAAGCUGCAGGCAACAAAUAACACUUGAAUUUAGUGGGCAGCAUUAGCAGUUAAUUCAGCGUGAAGGAGGAACAAGCAAGUGCACGUGAAAAGUCUUCAGUAUAAGCAGUGUAAAUAAACAAAUCAACAAACAUGUCCGGAGAGGAAACGUCCGCUGAUCGCAAUGUCGAAAUUUGGAAAAUCAAGAAACUCAUUAAGAGUUUGGAGAUGGCACGAGGCAAUGGAACUAGCAUGAUUUCAUUGAUCAUACCGCCAAAGGAUCAAAUCUCACGUGUCAGCAAAAUGUUGGCCGAUGAAUUCGGCACAGCGUCCAAUAUCAAGUCACGUGUCAAUCGUUUGUCCGUGUUGGGCGCCAUUACAUCGGUACAGCAUAGGCUUAAAUUAUACACCAAAGUGCCUCCAAAUGGUCUGGUCAUCUACUGUGGCACCAUUGUCACAGAAGAAGGUAAAGAGAAGAAGGUUAAUAUUGAUUUUGAACCCUUCAAACCGAUUAAUACGUCGCUGUAUUUAUGCGAUAAUAAGUUCCACACUGAAGCGUUGACCGCUUUACUGGCCGAUGAUAAUAAAUUCGGUUUCAUAGUGAUGGAUGGUAAUGGCGCUCUCUUCGGUACACUACAAGGUAAUACACGCGAAGUGCUGCACAAAUUCACUGUUGAUCUGCCGAAGAAGCACGGGCGUGGUGGUCAGUCAGCUUUGCGUUUUGCACGUCUGCGCAUGGAGAAGCGUCAUAAUUAUGUGCGCAAAGUGGCUGAAGUUGCUACGCAAUUGUUCAUUACGAAUGAUAAACCUAAUAUUGCGGGCUUGAUUUUGGCUGGUAGUGCGGACUUCAAGACCGAGUUGAGUCAAUCUGAUAUGUUCGAUCCUAGGCUGCAAUCCAAAGUUAUUAAGCUGGUGGAUGUCUCGUAUGGUGGUGAAAAUGGUUUUAAUCAAGCGAUAGAAUUGGCGGCCGAGUCAUUGCAGAAUGUAAAAUUUAUACAAGAGAAAAAACUCAUUGGACGUUACUUCGAUGAAAUUUCUCAGGACACUGGCAAAUAUUGUUUUGGUGUGGAGGAUACAUUGCGCGCCUUGGAAUUGGGUUCUGUAGAGACUUUAAUCUGUUGGGAAAAUUUAGAUAUCCAACGUUAUGUUUUGAAGAAUCAUGCGAACUCCACGUCGAACACAGUACUGCACUUGACGCCCGAGCAAGAGAAGGACAAGUCACAUUUCACCGACAAGGAAAGUGGCGUUGAAAUGGAGUUGAUCGAGUCUCAGCCGCUGCUCGAAUGGCUUGCGAACAACUACAAAAUGUUCGGUGCUACACUUGAGAUUAUUACGGACAAAUCUCAAGAGGGUAGCCAGUUUGUGCGAGGUUUCGGUGGCAUUGGUGGUAUUUUGCGCUACAAAGUGGACUUCCAGAGUUUGCAACUCGACGAAAUCGACAAUGAUUAUUACGAAAUAGAUGAAUAUUAGACAAUUAUUAUUUUUUUUUUUUUUUGUUUUUUAUACUUUAAAAAUUUCUCUUCCAUUUGCAAAAACAUAAUGAAAAAAUAUAUUUAAAUUUAAAAUCAAACCUCCAAUAAAGAGAAACACCGCUGAUAGCAUCACAAAGUGAAACGGCACACAAAAAUCCAUCGAAAGGUUGAUGUCGAAAAGAUAAUCGUUGAACAGCAUCAGAAAUAAGUAUCUAAGAACAAUAAAUAAAUUUCCAAAUUUAGAAAACUAAUAAGAAGAAUACCUCAAAUGGAAGUAGCGUGCGAAUAAUACCAGGAAAGUAAAAAAUUAGCACCACUGCGAAAAUGGCUUACGCAUCCACUUAACGAGUAAUACAGGAACUACUAGGCGCAACAUUUAAACAUUUAAGAAACACAGAUUCGGGUUGCAUCCAUCCUGUUUUCGUUGUUCAUGACACGUGCGGAAAUACGCUGCUGGGUUACCUGUCUGUCUGUUACUGCCUGCAAAGCAGCCGUUGUAUAUUCGACGUCAGCAAAGCAAAUACACACCAAUUAGCGUCGUAAAUUUAGAAAAAGUAAAACAAUUAUUCACAACUAAAUUUACGAAGAAACAUUUUUGUUAGCAAAAAAGAAGAAAACGUUGAUAAUUUAUAUACACGUAUACAAUAUAGAAAUAUACAUAACUAAAAAAGGCAAACAAAAAAAUAAAAAAUAAAAAUAAAAAACAACAUGUAAAAAAGGAACUGCUACCAGCAUCUAUAUGAGGAAUCAAGAAAUAAACAAGAAUUUAA